CAAAACCCUUCCCUCCUCAGAGACGUCAUCUUCUCCUCCUGUGUCCUCCCCUCCAUCUCCCUAUCCUCCCCUCGAGAAAAAAUAUUCAAAAGAAGGAAAAAAUUCAACUCCUCAGAAGAAUUUUGGAAGCUCUUGCUUCUAUCAGCUUGAGCUGAUCUGAAGCCAAAGCUUUUUCUUGGAGAUCAGAGAGAGAGUGAGAGAGAUAAUAUGACAGCUUUUCUAAGCCAAAGCCUUGGUCUAUCUCCAUCUCUGAAAGCAAUGGUCCAUCAUCAUGAAGAAGCCAGGGUGGUGGUCGGCGAAAAGCAAGGCAUCACCACCAUUCUUGGAUCUGAGCCUAAGCCUACCAUACCCACCUCUUCAUUGCGCCGGACUCUAUCCGCUGAUAUGUCCUCCAAGAAGUGGCUCUCCCAAAAUGGGUUGGUCUCCAAGAAUGCUCUUGCCCAUAUUGCAGACUCAUCUUCUUCCUCUGAAGAAGAUGAUGAAGAAGACAGCUAUGAGGAUAAGAGGAAGGAGAGUCGGGAUCUGGAGAAGUCGAGCCAGUUCGAUAUCUGGAGCUCGAUCAUAUCCCAGAAGCGCGAAGAGCCGUCCGUGCAGGCCCCGCCGCCGUAUGUUCACCCUCUGGUAAGGCGAUCUGCGAGUUCCUUGAGCGAGAAGAGCCUUGAGAUCUGCACGGAGAGCCUUGGCUCUGAGACAGGAUCCGACAGGUUCUCCUCGUGCCCAGCAUCAGAGAUGGGCGAUCUCCCGGACGAAGAUGACAAGGAGAGUGACACCGUGCUUCAAGAUCUGGCAAAGCUGCAAUCGCCGCAGGAAGAUCAAGAUCAACAGCUCCACUUCGCAAAGUACAGCAGUUACGCGGGGUUGGGCAAGAAAAGGCAUCAGCCAAAGUCUUUCCCUCCGCCGCUCCCUUGGCUCUCUCGCUCUGACGGGGCCUCGCUCCGCAUGCAAACCCAUAGGGACAAUGGGCGCUUGGUCCUCGAGGCCAUCUCGAUCCCUUCAGAGAAAAACUUCUGCGUGCAACGCCAGGAUGGCCGCCUCCUCCUCACCUUCAACAUGAACGGCGCUUUCAAGCAUGUCGCUGAUGGCAAUGAAGCAGCAGGAGAAGGCGAGGAGGAACAAGAGGAGGUAUUAGAACUCAACGAGGAAUUCUUGGGUUUCGGCGAGAGCGACAAGAAGCAAGAAGAAGUGGGAGAAGAUGAAGAAAUGGUAGAGGUGGAGGAGGAGGAAGAGGAGGAGGAGGAGGAGGAGGAGGACAAUGAAGAAGCUCCAUCAAAUAUAUUAGCCCGUGGGGAUGUGAAUAAUGUCCAUAAGAUCGCAAUUACGAUGAAAAAGAAGCCCAUGGAUUUAGCUAAUAGGAACACCGCAUGGCCUAACAAGUUUAGUGGUAAGGAGGACAAUGAAGAAGAUGACCCAAUCCUCCUUCCGCAGUCGCUUCCACUACUAGCUCAGGUGGCCCGAGUGGUCACUGAGCCGCCACCGCCGUCCUUCAAUGCUUAUGAGUACUUUUGGCGGACCAAAUCCACGGUUGCUAGCGCCGCUGUGACCACGAUAGUCAACCCAAUCUGUAGUGACCAACAACAAACCCUUGCCCUUAAAAGCUACUCGAACAAGUACAUCAUCACGAAGAGCUUUGUUUCGAAUGAUCAGCAACAUCAAGAACAAGAAGCAGAUUGUUGGGCCUCUGGGGUUAAAAGUUGCAAGGAAGGCAGGAGGUCUCUUCUGUUCUGGGAGCCCCAUUGCAUUGCCACAUCCUGAAAAACAUAAUUUGCAUCCUUCCUUUUGUUCCCCUUGGGACUCUGAUUUUCCCACUUUAUUUCUCUUCUCACAUCACAACUUUGUGCAGUCAAAUAAGAGAAGAAAGAAGAGAGAAAGGGCACUUUGGCUUUGAUUUCACGUAGAUCAGAGAGAAUCAUGUGAAUCAUGUGUCGUCAGUUAUAAUACAUAGCUUCUUUUUAUCAUGUUGUGUCCUUGUAUUAACUAGAAAGAUACAAAAGUCUUCAAACAAGAUCUUGAGAUCAAUCUUUGACUUCAAUAGAGACUUUCAAAUAUGUAGCUUGGCCCCUGAUUAUUAUGAUGUUCCUUUACUUUUGUGAUUAA